CUCUCUUAUAGUUUAUGCAACUAAAGUUUUCAUGUUAAACAUAUGUAUAUUUAUCACUGUUUUUUCUGCGUAUAGCAUUGGAUAAGAUAUUCCUGUCUUCUUUUUUAGAAUAAUCAAAUGCAAGCAAUUUACAUUCUAAAAAUAUACUUUGUGGAUCAAUUUGCUGAAUAUAUACACCAAGAAGCCUUUAAUUAGAUAGUUUAAUCAGUUUCUACUCGAGGUAACUAUUGUGUGCGUAGCUUGUUGGUAUCAACAAAUGACAAGAGACUGUUUGCCAGUGUUACUGUUUGACAUUGCAGUGUACCUUAAGUAAUUAUUUCAAAUCCCGUAUUCUUACUCUUUUUUCUUUUUGAAUCAAGGAUAUACAUGGUAGCUACUGGAGCAGCCUCCUUUUCAAAAGAAAGAGGAUCGAUCUCUUCUCUUAACAUUCCAAAACGUUUUCAACUAUCGUUUAUGAUCUUGAGAUUGCUAUGCUUAAUCCCUUCAAGUGUUGGUGUCUAUAGAAAUCUAUUCGAUGUAUCCUAUUCCCAUAAUGACUUUUCCUUAAGUUUAUUUCAAAACAAAAGUACACCUUUGAUACACCAUGUUGCUUUAUUAUGGUGUUUGUUGGCAGGCUAUUGGAGUUGGAUAUUAACCACAAGCAUGCUCAAAAGAUGGAUUCAUCAUUAUGAAAUUGGUAGUGCAAUUGUUCGUCUUAUCACGCUAACUGUAAUCAACUGGUCUGUAUCUGCCUACCUCAGUUCAUAUUAUGGCAUUGAUCAACCUAUUUGGCAAUGGAUGACUAUAUGUCUUAUUUUCUUUGUAUCUAACAUACUCAAAAUCACUUUGGCAUCCAACAAAAAGAAUUAUGCUCGAGUAGAUGAUAUCCAAGAGCCUCGAAUCAACCACAAAUCAACCUUUGUUCGUGUAUUGAUUUUGCCAUUAACAGUAGUUGUGUUCAUUACCAUGUUUGCUUCCAUGUAUCAAGUAGCUCAGAUGCGUAAGGCUUCUAUUGAUUUACUAGAGCAACGCAUGAUUAUGCCAUCCUUUCAAAAGCAUCCUCAAUUGGCUGAAGCUGAAGUGCGUGUCAUGGUUUUUGUUUUAUCAGCCUGGACUGCAAAGAGUGCACAAAAGCGCCAAGUAUUUAGAGAGACAACACUGAAAUUAAUGCCAAAGGACAAUCAACAUAUUUCAUAUUUUUAUACUUUUAUCUUGGGACAACCUCCAAAUAAUCAAGUGAAGGAAACCAUUGGGCCUAUAAUAGACAGAGAAAUACAAGAACAUAACGAUGUUUUGAUUCUACCUUGUUCUGAUCUAUAUCAAGAUUUAAGCAGAAAAGUGUAUGCUGCAUUUGAAUGGGCAGAACAGUAUGAUUUUGAUUAUUUUGUCAAGACAGAUGAUGAUAUCUUUGUUCGAUGGGAUACUAUCUCUAAAGAAAUGGAGUUGGCUGGACGUACAAAACGGUAUUGGAGAGGGUUGGCUUACCAUAAUAUUCCUCCUAUUAGAAAUACUGAGAACAAGAAUGGAGAGCUCAUUUAUCCUUUGCCUGUUUUUCCUCCAUAUACUGCGGGUGCUCUUUAUAUUCUUUCAAGAGAUGUGGUCCACUUAAUUGCUGGUGUAAAAGGCCCUCGUAUGUUUGUCAAGAACGAAGAUCAAAACCUUGGUAUUUGGCUUUAUCCUUUUAAUAUUCUACCUAUUCAUGACCGUCGUAUUCAACAAAUUGAUGUAUGCGAAAAUGACAUGAUUGGUAAACACUUUGGUGACUUUGGCGAACCAGAUGCUAUUGGUGGUACUAUGUAUGAUAUGUUGGAUAAUCUACAAAAUGGACGCAAGAUGUGUGCUGGCUUUAAGACUUCAGUUUGUGGAUUCUGCUAUCCUUGUCACGGCAAAGCAAACCAUUGGAAAAAUUGGAACUUUGACUGUGAUGACAAGAAGGGCGUCACGCUUUUGAAUUCACCUCCACUUACGAUUAUGGAGUGAGUUCAUUAUUUAUUUGUAAAAUAGAAUAUAGUAGACGCAUUUUAUCCCCAAAUGUACAAGCAUUUUCUUUUAUUGAAAGGCAUUUAAUAAAUAAGAAUAAAGAGUUUCCUUUUUUUUUUUUUACUUCUUAAGAGUACCAAUAAUAG